UCGCUUUCUUCACAGCUGCAAAUCUGCAAGUCUGCAACAAUGGCGAACUACACUCUGCUUUGUCGCAUUGCCAAAUGUGGAACCCGUUCGUCUCUCUUUCUUCAUGCUACCGGAGGCUGCUUUAGUACAAUUAGCACUAAAACACUGCUAAAACCUCCUUUUCAAGCAACAAGAACAUUCGCAAGUGAUACCAACUUUGUUUCCCUUUUCGAUAAAAUGACUGUGGGUAAUCAGAGGAAGUACUACAUGUUGGGUGGGAAAGGAGGUGUUGGAAAGACAAGUUGCGCCGCAUCUCUUGCUGUAAAGUUCUCAAAUCACGGCCAUCCCACCAUUGUAGUUUCUACAGACCCUGCUCACUCUUUAAGUGAUUCCUUCGAUCAGGAUUUGACUGGUGGGACACUAGUUCCAAUUCAAGGAUUGGAUUCUCCAUUAUUUGGACUCGAGAUUAAUCUGGAAAAAACCAAGGAAGAUUAUCGUAGUGCAUCACAAAACAAUGAUGGUGCUGGUGUAAAGGAUUUCAUGGGUAGCAUGGGCCUUGGAAUGGUAGCUGAGCAGUUGGGAGAAUUGAAAUUGGCAGAGCUUUUGGAUACACCUCCUCCAGGUUUAGAUGAAGCUAUUGCAAUAUUAAAGGUAAUGGAGUUUGUAGAUUCACCAGAUUGUAGUAUGUUUACAAGGAUAGUCUUUGACACUGCAUCUACAGGUCAUACACUUAGGCUUUUGUCUUUGCCAGACUUCAUGAAUGCAUCCAUAGGAAAAUUAAUGAAGAUGAAAAAGAAGAUUGCUUCAGCAACUUCUGCCAUCAAAUCCGUAUUUGGGAAAGAACAACCAAAAGUUGUGGAAGGCACUUUAGAAGAGUUGAGGGAGAAGAUGGCAAAAGUGAGAGAUCUUUUUCAUGACUCAAAGACUAUAGAAUUUGUGAUUGUGACUAUCCCUACUGUUAUGGCAGUUAAAGAAUCAUCAAGGCUACAUGCAUCAUUGAAGAAAGAAAAUGUCCCUGUAAACAAACUUAUUGUUAAUCAAAUCUUACCUCCAUCUUCAACAGAAUGCAAAUUUUGCUCAAUGAAAAGAAAGGAUCAAAUGCGUGCAAUUGAUAUGAUCCAAAAGGAUCCAGAAUUGGGUAGUUUAGAUGUAAUUGAAGCGCCUUUGGUUGAUGUGGAAAUAAGGGGAAUUCCAGCUCUCCAGUUCAUGGGGGAUAUGGUUUGGAAGUGAUGCACAAUCAAGUUUUACAUUUUUAAAGUUUAGUUUUGUGUAGUUUUUUGCUACUUGAAGAAUGAAGUUGCAAUCAUGUUUUUAGUGUUUGGAUAUGCAAGGUUUCUCUUAUCAAUAUCAUUAUACAAUGAUUCGACCCACUAUAUGUUUGGGUAUUAUGAA